CCGCCGGCUGAGACCCCGAGCCACAGCGAUUGCGGGGCCGGCCGGCCGGCUCUGGCCCCGGCUUCAGAGCGAUCGGCGAGCGCGCGGCGCACAGCGAGUCCGGCCGCCCGCGGAGCCCGGGAGCCCGGCGGGCCGCCGCGAUGUUCCCCAGGGAGACGACAUGGAACAUCUCGUUCGCAGGCUGCGGCUUCCUCGGUGUCUACCACAUCGGCGUGGCCUCCUGCUUCCGCGAGCACGCGUCCUUCCUGGUGGCCAACGCCACGCACAUCUACGGCGCCUCGGCCGGGGCGCUCACGGCCACGGCGCUGGUCACCGGGGCCUGCCUGGGCGAGGCUGGUGCCAACGUCAUUGAGGUGUCGAAGGAGGCCCGGAAGCGGUUCUUGGGCCCACUGCAUCCCUCCUUCAACCUGGUGAAGAUCAUCCGGGGCUGCCUGCUGAAGACCCUGCCUGCUGAUGGGCACGAGCGCGCCAGUGGCCGCCUGGGCAUCUCCCUGACCCGCGUCUCCGAUGGCGAGAACGUCAUUAUAACCCACUUCAACUCCAAGGACGAGCUCAUCCAGGCCAACGUCUGCAGCACUUUCAUCCCUGUGUACUGUGGCCUCAUUCCUCCUUCCCUCCAGGGGGUACGCUACGUGGAUGGCGGCAUCUCAGACAACCUGCCGCUCUACGAGCUCAAGAACACCAUCACAGUGUCCCCGUUCUCGGGCGAGAGUGACAUCUGCCCACAGGACAGCUCCACCAACAUCCACGAGUUCCGCUUCACCAACACCAGCAUCCAGUUCAACCUGCGCAACCUCUACCGUCUCUCCAAGGCCCUGUUCCCGCCCGAGCCCCUGGUGCUUCGAGAGAUGUGCAAGCAGGGCUACAGGGAUGGCCUGCGCUUCCUGCGGCGGAACGGCCUCCUGAACCGGCCCAACCCCUUGCUGGCCCUGCCUCCUGCCCACCCUCCUGCCCCCGAGGAUGAAGACGCACAGGAGGCCGAGGUGGCCACGGAGAGGACCGGAGUCAAGGACCACUUGCAGCCACCUGGGGAGGAUCACAUCCUGGAGCACCUGCCCUCCAGGCUCAAUGAGGCCCUGCUGGACGCCUGCAUGGAACCCACGGACCUGCUGACCACGCUCUCCAACAUGCUGCCCGUGCGUCUGGCCACGGCCAUGAUGGUGCCCUACACUCUGCCGCUGGAGAGCGCCGUGUCCUUUACCAUCCGCUUGCUGGAGUGGCUGCCCGACGUUCCCGAGGACAUCCGCUGGAUGAAGGAGCAGACGGGCAGCAUCUGCCAGUACCUGGUGAUGCGCGCCAAGAGGAAGCUGGGCAGCCACCUGCCCUCCAGGCUGUCGGAGCAGAUGACGCUGCGCCGCACGCGGUCGCUGCCCUCCGUGCCGCUGUCCUGUGCUGUCUACAGCGAGGCGCUGCCCAGCUGGAUGCGCAACAGCCUGUCGCUGGGGGACGUGCUGGUGAAGUGGGAGGAGUGCCAGCGGCAGCUGCUGCUGGGCCUCUUCUGCACCAACGUGGCCUUCCCGCAGGACGCCCUGCGCAUGCGCACCCCUGCCGGCGCGGCCCGCGCGCCCCCGCAGCCCCCGCCCGGCUCGCCCCCUUGCUGAGAGACGCUCGCUCCGGCCUUCCCCACCCCUGGUGCCGAGGGCCGGGCCCCCCAGCUUCCCUGCCCCGUGAGGCGGGGCCCCGGGGCCAGCUGAGCGCCCCCUCCGCGGCCUCUCUCCGUUCCCCCUGCAGAGAGAGGAGAUGGGGGUCCCUCACGCUGCCCCAGGGGGCUUUGCUGGCACCCAACCACUAACUCGCUGCACUGAGGAGGGAGGGGAGCGGAGUAGCCCUCCCCUCGCAGAGGGCCCCCUGCCUGUGCCUCAACCUCCCCAUCCAGGCCCCGCCCUGGGGCUGGGGAAGGCGGGCUGGGGGCUCCCGCACCUGCGGCCCCUGCCCGGCACCCACACCCGCGAGCGCAGUAUUACUCCUGAAAACUUUGCACCUGCUCCUCCCUCCACAUUUUUCUCGUUUGGCUGAAGAAUGUGUGUGAAUUAUUUAUUUUUGCCAAAGCAGAUGUAAUAAAUGCCACCACUCAG